AUGUCUGAUGACGAAGAAGAUGCAAGCGUCUACGAUCAAGAUGACGACUCGACGCCUCCAACAUUUUGGCGUGCCAGUGCAAACGCAGUGGAAGCAACGGACCUAGCAGAACCUGUGACUUUUCAAGACGCGAUCAAUGGUCCUGAUCAAGCUCACUGGCGAAAUGCUGUGAAGGCGGAACUCAAGUGCAUGGUGAAAUAA